AACAUAUAUAAAUGAAAUCUAAUCGAACAAAUCAAUACAGAUUGAAUAGUCAAGCAGGUUAAAUAGAACAAAUUAAUAUGAAUCGGACCGGAAAAAAAUCUUACGUUAUUGGAAUCGACUUGGGAACUACAUACUGUUGUGUAGGUGUAUAUAGAAAUGGAAAAGUGGAGAUAAUACCUAAUAAUGGAAAUAAUACAACACCAUCUUAUGUCGCAUUUCGAAAUGGUGACAUUCUUGUUGGGGAAGCAGCUCGGAGACACGCUAGGGACAAUCCAAGAAACACAGUUUACGGUGUAAAACGAUUAAUAGGACGAAGAUAUCAGGAAAAGGAAGUUCAGACUAACAAGAAUAUAUGGCAAUUUAAUGUAAUAUCAGAUGAAGAAGAGCGACCUCUAAUAGUAAUCACAAAUGAUGGAAAAACUGAAUCCUUUAAUCCAGAAAAAAUAAGUGGGUUCUUGUUACGAGAAUUAAAGAAGGUGGCUGAAGAAUAUCUUCAAUCGGCUGUUCAUCAAGCUGUUAUAACCGUUCCAGCAUAUUUUACCGAUGCACAUCGAGAAGCUACGAUGAAGGCUGCUGAAUUAGCCGGAUUAGAGGUUUUAAAAAUUAUAAACGAACCUACUGCUGCUGCUCUAGCAUACGGACACAAGAAGAAAAUUAUGGAAAAUAGAUUAGCUUUGGUUUUUGAUUUUGGGGGAGGCACUUUGGAUGUGACUAUUUUAAACAUCUGUGGUGAUACGUACGAAGUAAAAUCUACAACAGGAGACAUGUACUUAGGUGGUGAAGAUUUUGAUAACACGAUUCUCCAGUAUUUUGUUGAAAUGAUUAAAAGCAAAUAUGAUGUAGACAUUUCGAAUGAACCCAAAAUUAUGCGACGUUUAAAAGUUCAGUGCGAAGCCGCAAAAAUUGAUUUAACGUUUUGUACGGAAACGUCCGUGCAAUUGGAGUCUAUUCUUUCAAAUAAAGACGACUUUAACCACAAAUUGGGAAGAGUAAAAUUCGAAAAUCUCUGCGCGGAGAUAUUUCAACAAGCCAUGAAAGUCAUGAUGAAAGCCUUGACAGACGCUGGAGUUGAUAAAUCGGAAAUCGAUGAUGUAAUAUUAGUGGGAGGUUCUUCACUUAUUCCUAAAAUGCAAAAUAUGAUACGAGGAUUCUUUGACGGCAAACAGCUUUGCACUAGCAUCAGUAAUGAAGAAGCAGUUGCAACAGGAGCUGCCAUACAAGCUGCAAUUCUGACAGGUUCUGAUGAUUCAUCUAUCACUGACAUUAUUAUAAGAGAUGUAACUGCAAUGGAUCUUGGUAUUGCAGUGAAAGGUGGGAAAAUGUCCGUCGUGAUACCACGUGCCACAAAGCUUCCAGUAUCUGUUGCUCGGACUUACACAUUAAACUCCGACUUCCAAAAAUAUGUUUCUAUAUUGAUUUUUGAAGGAAAUAAUGAAUUGGCCGAUAAAAAUAUAAUGAUUGGAGAGUUUGUUUUCGAUGGUUUAAAAGAUAUUAGAAAAGGCAAAUUAAAACUGACUGUUACAUUCAAGAAGGAUAUUAAUGGCCUUUUAAAAGUUUCCGCUAUGGAUGAAUCAACUACUAUUAAAAAAUCAAUUAAA